AUGUCACUGCUAUCUCGGCAUCUCGAGCAAAUAUCUCUCUCCGCAGAAUCAAUAGCCACGUUACCAUUCCCCCCGCCCAAAAUCUUUACGAAUGCGCUCCUUUCCACUCCCGAUAUAACAUCUCUGAUACGAGACACUGAACCUCACGAACGAGCUCUAUUCUCGGUUCCUCCUCCACCUCCACUCGUUUCCUCUUCGAAUCCUUUCCCAGAUGUCAAAGCACGACGGCAGACCAUCUUCAGUGUCGCGUCCGGAGGAGAGGUAACGACUGCUGCGAGCGCGACUUCACGGGUACCGAGACGGAAUACUGCGGUUGCUGCAGUACUUGGCCCGGAGCUACACUCAGAGGUACGGAAAGCGGAAGGAAAGGGAGAAUUUGACAUUGAGGUACUGUUGCGUGGUGUGGAAAAGCUCAAUGCUGUGUAUGAGGUUCAGGGAGUUCCACAGCGGAUACAAAACAUUCGAUCAAGAUACGGCAGGUUGCAGGAUAGUGUAAAUCACUACGAGAAAAGGGUGCAAAGAUUAGGCAGAGAGCUGGAUGGCAUAAAUCGCAGCGACAGAUGGGAAGAUGAAGACGAAGAGGACGCUGAAGAUGGAUACCGGGAACAGGAAGAGGAGGUAGAAGUCACAGAUGAAGAUCUGAGACAGGAGGAGGAGGAAAUUCGAGAACUAGAACGAAAGAAACGCGAGCUGGAGGAACGAGUGAGCGGCAUGGAAAGGGAUCUUGGAGGCUUGUUGCGAUGA